AAUGAACGCCUCCAGUGUGUGUAAAUAGAGUGUGACGCAUUGCCUGGGUCUUAGUCGGUGUGUAGCAGUGAAGUGGUGAGCUUCCCACACUCCAGCUGCUGUAGCUUGUGUUACCAAGUUCAAGGAGUCACCAGACUGCUACCAAGGUAGAUCAGAGUGACCACAGUGUUACCAAAUAGGAGAGAUGGCUCAGCCCCUGAGGAAAGUACUUGAGGACCCGGACGUGGUGCGUGGACUCCAGGAGAACCCCGGCACCUACAGAUUUAAGAAUGGAGCCUUCUUGGAGGUGUCAGCGGUACACUGGCCUCCCCAUAUAGUGGUGGAGGAGGCUGUGGGCGGAGGGGGAGAGCUCACUGUGGGCGGACCCAUGGCAGAUCUCCUCACUACCCUCGCCGACUCCCUUAACUUUACGUACAAGAUUGUACAACCAGGAGACCGGGCAUGGGGUGCCAAGCUGCCCAAUGGUACUUGGUCUGGUAUGGUCGGGCAGGUGAGCAGACAGGAGGUGGACAUCGCUCUGGGACCUUUUGGAAUCUCCGAAGCCAGAUUUAAGGUUGUCGAUUAUACUAGCUCGUUUUAUUACGACGACCGUAGUAUACUGGCCAUGAAGGGUCUGCCUGAGGUGGACCCCUGGGGGUUCCUGUACCCCUUUACGCCCCUGGUGUGGGCGGCGCUGGUGGCGGCGCUCCUGGUGGCCUGUCUGGCGGUGGUGGUCCUGGGCAGCAGACCCAAGACCUGGACUCACCUGUCAUGGGUCUCACAGCUCCUCUUCCUACAUUUCCGAAUUGUCCUGCUUCAGGAUCUGUCGAUGAAGACAAGCAGUGGGCGGGAGAGGCUGGUGGUGGGCGGGUGGAUGGUGGUGGCUAUGAUGUUGAUGUGGAGUUACAGUGGUACUCUCAUCUCCCUCCUGGCGGUGCGUCACGUGCCUCAGCCCCUACAAUCUAUCAGAGACGCCGUCCAAGACUCCAGCGUCACCGUCAUCAUGACUCCCAACACCGUCGUCACAGACAUCAUAUCAAAAAUUAAAUCCGGUGAUCUGAAGGACCUGAAUGACCUGAAGUACGUAGGCCGUGUGCUGUACCAGCUGGCCAAGGACAACCCCCACUCCAUGAACACACACGUGCGUCACCAGCGUCACGUCAUCAUCGGCCCCACCCUCUCGGCCGACCUCCUCAUCGCUAACCUCUUCGCCAAAACAGGAAAGUGUGACUUCUACAAGGCCCGUCAGACAUUUUUCACCACCCACCACUGCAUGAUCGGCCAGAAAGGGAACCCGAUCGUACCAGCCAUGAGCCACAGGUUACGAGGACUGGUGGAGUCUGGGGUGUACGAACACUGGCUGUUUAAUAGUAUUCCCUUCAUGACCAGCUGUCGCCUCUCACCCUCCAAGAUCACAGUCAAGGAGGCUCUCACACUCAAGAGCCUCUGGGGUACAGUGGUGCUACUGGCAGCUGGUCUUCUUCUCGCCUUCGCCUCCUUCUGCCUUGAACUCUUUCUCGCCAACUACGUUUUUGUGUAAUUUUCAUCAAAAGUGCCUAGUGAGCGAGAGGUCAUGAACGGUACCUUGGAAAACAGUAGCUAAUGAACCGAGCCUCGCGAACGGUGGCUGGUGAACAGCGUGCAAUGUCAAAUGUAUUCAUUAAACUGGUAUUGAUUG